AUGCCUUCCUCAGUCACUUUCUCCGCUUCUACAGCGACCACCAAAUCAGCCGGGCAAUCCAUCUACUCCCGACCUCCUCAGAAGAAGCAGAAGAUGAGCAUCACUCAGACCUACUUCCUCGCCCACAGUGCUCGCGGCAAGCUCUCACGCGAGGCUGCCCGACCUGACCACGACCUCCGCCUGCUGGUCGGACAUGCCAACAUGCUCGACUCUCUCAUGCUGGACUUGGCCAACGCCGAGCAGGAGCAAGAACGGUGGUUCAACAACAUUGUCAACGGAUCACAGGCACAGGAAGAGGAAGAGGAGGAUAAACAGCGACAUGUCGAGACCAUUGUGGAGGAGCCCGAGGCCGACUGGGAGCCAGAAGACGCCUCCUCCGAAGAGGAGUCUGAAGACGAGUCUGAGCAGAAGCCAGACACCAAAGUCACCGCCAUCGAGGUCGACUCUGAUAUGGAAGAUGAUGACGACGAGGAGAACGAGAACCUGACUUUGGUCCGCACGGCCUCCCGACACUCCCCUCCCGAGCUCAGUCUCGACACUGAUUCAGACUCGGAAGAUGACCACAUGCCACCCUCACCACCCACCACCAGCAUUGAAGUCCUGAGCGAGAAGCAGAGACAGGCCAUUGCCACGACCUCAUUCUACGAUGCCAAGGACAACGCCUCAUUAUCACCCGAAGAGUCGGAAGCCUUUGAAGAAGAAGGCUUCUACCUUCCCUCAAGGCAACAGCCAACCAUAAUCGCUGCCUAUUGA